CUGGUGAGUAUCGAAGCAUGGGAAUACCGUGGAAGAUACAGAUAAACUUAUCUUCUCAAGCAUCCAAAUUCCAACGACCAUCCACCAUUUUUGAACAGACGAGGCGUUCUUGAGCAGGCAGACGUAGAAACGAUGAUCCUUCAAUCACGAAUUUCACCUCCCCUUAAACAAAUCUCACUAAUUCGUUCUCACGGUUCUCUCUUCAUCCCCGCUUUUAUUUCCCACAAACUUCCCAUCAAGAUUAACUUCACUCGCCAACAUUUCUCCGUUCAGACAUGUAGAAGAGAAUUGGGAGCUUUUCAGACAGUUACCUCAGCGAAACUUGAUGUCAAUGGAAGAAGGACAAUACAAGAAUCAGCAAGUGGGAAAGAUGCAAGAAACUCAAAAAAGGAUUUGAUCAGUAUGGCAGUGUUUUCAAGUGGGUCAAUGAGUUUGUUGAGUUGGUCAAACCCAGUAGCUGCAACUGCAAGUGAAUAUGAGAAAAUGAAUCCUGUUUAUGAGGUUGGGGAGUUGUUUGAAUUAGGGAUCCAGCUGUCAUACCUUCUUUUGUUAUUAGGGUUGCUUGGUGUCGGGACCUUUUUUGUCAUCCGCCAGGUUCUUGUCCGCAGAGAACUUGAUCUUUCUGCAAAAGAGUUGCAGGAACAAGUAAGGAGUGGCGAUGCAAGUGCAACAGAGCUGUUUGAACUUGGGGCAGUGAUGUUGAGAAGGAAAUUCUAUCCAGCUGCUACAAAAUACUUAAAUCAGGCUAUUGAUAAAUGGGAUGGAGAUGACCAGGAUCUUGCCCAGGUUUACAAUGCUUUGGGUGUGAGUUACGUGCGUGAUGGGAAAACGGAGAAGGGAAUAUCUCAGCUUGAAACAGCGGUGAAGAUUCAACCAGGGUAUGUGACAGCUUGGAACAACUUGGGUGAUGCUUAUGAGAAGAUAAAAGAAUAUAAAUCGGCUCUAAAAGCAUUUGAGGAAGCCUUGCUAUUUGAUCCUAACAACAAAAUCGCACGCCCUAGAAGAGAUCAAUUGAAAGAAAAAGUCCAACUUUACAAAGGAGUCGUCCCUCUCAAGUCCAAGCAAAGAUGAUUUCCUUCAAAAACCUCAUCCAUCGUAACAUAAGUGUUUGUAGAAAUGUCUUAAUUAGAUAUUGUUGUUGUUGUUGUUGUUGUUGUUGUUUCCUUCACAUCAUUAUUCUUAUUCUACAUGC